AUGGUGGAUUUGGAGCUCGACCAGGACAGCCUCGAUGAGCCGCGUUUCGCGGCGAUUCGGGCGCGUUUGGAGGCGGUCUUGCAAGGGCCCGAGCUGGCGGCUCGCCUGGAGGCGGCCUGGGCCGCGCCGACCGCGCGGGUGGUGAGCUUGCAAUCCCACAAACACACCGGGAUUCGCUCCCUGGAGGCGGAGGCGCCGCGGGUGGUGUGGUUUGGAUCGCCGACGCUGACGGAGCGGUUUUGUGGGCUGCAGUUUGACAUCGCCCCGACCGAUUUCUUCCAAGUCAACACCCCGGCGGCGGAGCGCAUGCUCGAGCGGCUGGCGGAGGUGGUGGCGCUUGGGCCGUCGAGCACGCUGUUGGAUUUGUGUUGUGGGGCUGGGACGAUUGGGUUGGUGUUGGCGCGCCACGUCAAAAAGGUCAUCGGCGUCGAGUUGGUGCGGUCGUCCGUCGAAAACGCGGAGCGGAAUGCGCGACGAGAGGGCAUUGCGAACGCCGUCUUUCACGCCGGCGCGGUCGAACGGCUGCUGCCGGGCAUUAUUUACAAUUUAUCCCCAGAGGAUCGCACGGAUAUCAUCGCGAUUUUGGAUCCCCCGAGGGCUGGGGUGAAUAAUAGCGUCUUGAAGUGCAUCCGCGCAACCUCGACGAUUCGCCGUGUGGUCUACAUCUCCUGCGAGCAAAAAGCCCUCGAGCGGGACUGCGCGGGGCUGAUGAAAGGCGAAACAAAGGCCUACCGCGGCGAGCCUUUUGAGGUCACCGCCUCCUUCGGCGUGGAUUUAUUUCCACACACCCAACAUGUCGAAAUGAUUGUCGUGUUAACUCGACGCGAGCCGACGGCGGCGGACACCGAAGCAAACCCGGAGGACCGCGAACCGCCGGAGGAAAGCUCGCAGGUGGGGGAACCAAAUACGGAAUCACCCACAACUAGUUAA